AUGGUAUCUGAUUUAAAGGAACUAAUGAAUAAGGUGCUUCCUACCCUGAGGAAUCAGUUUACAAACCACAACUGGAUGAAAACCCGUGCCAUUUUAGCCCCAAAGAAUGUGGAAGUUGAUGAUUUGUACGUCAAACUUCUGGAACACUCGCCAGGUGAGCGUCACAUCUACAGUUCUAUUGACACUGUACUCAACAUUGAUGAAGCUGUGAAUUAUCCAGUUGAAUUCUUGACUAGUCUAACAUCACCCGGCCUCCCACCUCACAACUUGCAUCACAAGAUUGGGGCGCCAGUUAUGCUACUUCGAAACUUCGAUCCACCAAAGCUUUGCACACGACUUAUAAUAAAGAUGAUGUCAACAGUUAUGCAGACAACAAUUUUGACUCGUAAAGCAAGCGUUACCUUAAAUAUUAAGCGUAAGGAAAAGAAAUCAAGUGUAUUUUCGCAGGAAUGA